CAGUGUGGACAGAACUCAACAACAGAUCUGAUUGCCUCAGAUAUCUAGCAUCCAAAACUUUAGACUUACUUUAAUCAUUUGUUAGUUCUUGGCAGAAUGCACUGCAAAAUCUUUUUAGUCUCUGUUAUUGUUUUCCUGGGAUUCCUGACCAUUGGUGAAGGAAUGAGUCUUCGAGGUCUGGGAAUAGAUCCACGCUGUCGCUGCAUUGAAACAGAGAGUCGGCGCAUUGGGAAACACAUAGAGAGUGUGGAGCUCUUCCCUCCAAGCCCACACUGUAAAGACACAGAGAUCAUAGCCACCCUGAAGGAAUCCAAGAAAGUGAUCUGCCUGGACCCUAAAGCACCAUGGGUUAAGAAGGUCAUUGAGAAGAUCAUUGCAAACAAAGCACCGUGAAUGUAUUGGAUCAUCUGUGAAGAUGAGCCUGAAGAAAUGUAUGAUACUGCCACAUCUGUAGCAAUGGCCAGUCCGACUGUUUGGUUUUGUUUGCUUAAUAUUGCGUGUUGUCCACAUAUGUAUUGUAUUUAUAUUUAUGUAUUUAUUUAUUAUAUCUUUUUUAAAUAAAACUAUUUUAUACAAA